AUGUUGCUCUUGUUUGAAACUCCGGCUGGGUUUGCUCUAUUUAAAGUCUUGGAUGAAGGAAAGCUCUCCAAAAUCGAGGACCUCGGGAAAGACUUUUCGACCCCAGACUCCGCCAGACAGGUUGUCAAGCUAAAAGCUUUUUCCAAGUUUGAGAAUACGUCUGAGGCUUUAUCUGCUGCUACCUUAUUAAUCGAUAGUAAGCCUAGCAAAGGUCUCCGAAAAUUCUUGCGCAGCCAUUGUGAUGGCGACAUUUUAGCUGUUGCGGACUCCAAGCUUGGAAACAUAAUCAAAGAGAAGCUGCAAAUUGAAUGUGUUCACAACAAUGCUGUCAUGGAACUCAUGAGGGGAGUGAGGAGUCAAUUGUCUGAACUUAUAUCUGGCUUAGCUUCUCAAGAUUUGGCACCUAUGAGCCUGGGUUUGUCUCACAGCUUAUCAAGAUACAAAUUGAAAUUCAGUCCAGACAAGGUUGAUACCAUGAUCAUACAAGCUAUUAGCUUGUUGGAUGAUCUUGACAAGGAGCUGAAUACAUAUGCAAUGAGGGUAAGGGAAUGGUAUGGAUGGCAUUUCCCUGAACUUGCAAAGAUAAUACAAGACAAUAUCAUGUAUGCCAAGACUGUGAAGUUGAUGGGUAAUCGAACAAAUGCUGCCAAGCUUGAUUUUUCAGAGGUGCUUCCAGAGGAGUUAGAGGCAGAAUUGAAAGAGGCAGCCAUGAUCUCCAUGGGAACUGAAGUUAGCGAGCUUGACCUGGAGAACAUCAAAGACUUGUGCAACCAAGUUCUUUCCCUCUCAGAAUACAGAGCACAACUCUAUGACUACUUGAAGAGCAGGAUGAACACCAUUGCCCCAAAUCUUACUGCCCUUGUUGGUGAACUCGUUGGUGCUCGACUGAUUGCCCACGGAGGCAGCUUAUUGAAUCUUGCCAAGCAGCCCGGAAGCACUGUCCAGAUACUUGGUGCUGAGAAGGCUCUUUUCAGAGCACUUAAGACUAAGCAUGCGACACCAAAAUAUGGACUCAUAUAUCACGCGUCCUUAAUAGGUCAGGCAGCACCCAAGCACAAGGGUAAAAUUUCACGGUCUCUGGCUGCAAAAGCCGCUCUGGCAAUUAGAUGUGAUGCACUUGGUGAUGGUGAGGAUAAUUCCAUGGGCUUGGAGAACAGAGCCAAGCUUGAGGCAAGACUGAGAAGCUUAGAAGGCAAAGAACUAAGCCGUUCUGCGGGGUCUGCUAAAGGCAAACCGAAGAUUGAGUUUUACGUCAAGGACAGGAAGAAGGGAUCCGGGGGAUUGAUUACUCCAGCCAAGACUUACAAUCCAGCUGCAGAUGCAAUUUUAGGACUAACAGAAUCUCUUUCGAAAGAAAACAAUGAUGAUGGGGCUGUGGCCGAGGAGGAAGUGAUUGUUGUGCCUGUUACAGAUGAGGAGCAAAAGAGCAAGAAACGAAAGAAGAAGAAGGAUUCCAAAGGUGAUGAUGCACAGCCUGAAAGUGAAGCUGUUGGGAAGAAGAGGAAACAAUCCGAGCCAGAAACUGAAGUGGGCAGUGCUAAUUCUGGCGAGAAGAAAAAAAAGAAGAGGAAACAUGCGGAGGAAGGUGAGGAGACCCUCAAGAAGAAAGAGAAGAAGAAGAAAAACAAAGAGUGA